AUGAAGUUCUUCGCCAUCGCUGCUGCCAUCGCCGUCGCCGUUGGCUCGACGUCUGCCAAGGACAUCACGCAGCAGACCACGCAAAGCUCGGACCCUUCCACGCAACAGACCACGCAGAACGAGGGUUCCUCUACAACUGGUGCUGUGGAGGACUUCUGCGGUCAAUGGAACCUCACGGAGACCGAGCACUACACGCUGUACAACAAUCUGUGGGGCGCACAUAACGACACGAAAGGCACUCAGUGCACGGGUCUCGACAGUGUUGAGGGCUCCACCAUUGCCUGGCACACGAGUUACAACUGGAAGGGCUCCAAGCUGCAGGUCAAGUCGUUCGCCAACGUAGCGCUCAAGUUCGACAAGGUGCCGCUGUCCACGGUCAAAUCGAUCCCGUCGACUAUCAAGUACGACUUCAAAUCCAAGGGUAAGGUGAUCGCCAAUGUGGCCUACGAUCUGUUCACGACCUCCACUCCCGACGGAGACGCUGAAUACGAGAUCAUGGUCUGGCUGGCGGCCAUGGGAGGAGCGGGUCCGAUCUCGGCUACGGGAAAGCCCAUCAAGAAGGGAGUGAAAGUUGGCGGCGUCAACUUUAACCUUUACCACGGCAAGAACGGCAACAUGACGGUGUACUCGUACGUGGCCUCCAAGCAGACGAAAAGCUUCAGUGCCGACUUUAAGCAGUUCUUCCACAAGUUGCCGGCGAAACACACAGUCUCGCCGAAGCAGUACCUGACUCACGUCCAGGCCGGCACGGAACCCUUCGUUGGCAACGGUACUAUGACUGUGACUGAGUACGCUGCCGCGGUCCACACCGUUUAA